AUGUUGCUGGCUCAAAUUUUCUCCUUUUGCCUUGCUGUUAGCUCUGUUGCCGCAGCCCCAAAGCAGAACUGCAAAGCCGCUCGACAGUCACCUAGCAUUCCCAGCAGCUUCCAAUGGACCUCCACAGAACCCCUAAUCGCCCCAAAGAAUGAUGACCGGGGCAUUGCUGGCAUCAAGGAUCCUACAGUUGUCGAAGUAGAUGGCACUUAUCACGUCUUCGCUAGCACAGCCCAACAGUCUGGCUAUAACCUUGUCUACCUCUCCUUCACGGACGUCGAAAAAGCAGGCGAUGCAGAAUUUCACUAUUUGGACGAGACUCCUAUCGGUACAGGCUACCGUGCCGCCCCUCAAGUCUUCUUCUUUGAGCCGCAAGGCCUCUGGUAUCUGGUCUACCAGAAUGGCAACGCUGCCUACUCUACCAACAAAGAUAUCAGCAACCCUGCUGGCUGGAGCGCUCCAAAGAAUUUUUACUCUGCCCAACCGGAUAUCAUCAAGCAGAAUAUUGGCAAUGGCAACUGGGUCGACAUGUGGGUGAUCUGUGAUUCUACAAACUGUCACCUCUUCUCGUCAGACGACAAUGGUCAACUUUACCGUUCUUCGACGACUCUCCAGAAUUUCCCCGAGGGCAUGGAUAACACGGUUAUUGCUCUGUCCGACUCCAACCCGAACAGACUAUUCGAAGCUUCAUGCGUCUACACCCUCGAGGAAGGCGGCUACCUUCUCCUGGUAGAGGCUAUUGGGAGCGACGGUGCACGAUACUUCCGUUCCUGGACAGCAUCAAGCAUCGAUGGGGAAUGGACUGGCCUGGCUGACUCGGAGGAGAAUCCAUUUGCUCGAUCCAACAAUGUGAACUUUAGCGGCACUGCUUGGACCACGAGUAUCAGCCAUGGAGAGGUGGUCCGUACAAAGACUGACCAGACAUUGACUGUAAGCCUCAGCGGCAUGCGCUUUUUGUACCAGGGUCUGGAUCCUGGCGCUUCUGGAGAGUACAAUGCCCUGCCAUGGAAGUUGGGUCUUAUCACCCAGAGCAGCUCUUGA